AUGGUUCCUAUGUGGACAACUUUCCUUACAUACAGUCUGGUUGAUGCGACAGGGAGCACCUUCUUUUUCGAGCAAGCAAGCAACAUUGAUGACAAAUUCCCUGCUACUGUUUUUGUUAUAUUAGUAACAGUCACAAGCUUUGCAAUUGAUUAUCUAUAUGACUUCCUAUUUCGAAAGAUUGCUCACUUGCUGUAUUACGAUAAGCCAAGUUCAUAUACGAAUAUUUUUAGCCUAACUCCACAAUUUAUCUUCUUGGGAAUUAUGAAAGGACUUUCAGAAGGUGGGCUUCAAAGUUUCUUUCGUUCCCAGGUUCCUGAAUCUCUAAAGAACUACGGACCACCGUUUGGAGAAUGUGUGAUAGGCAUCGGAAAGUUUCUUAGUAUAGUUUGUAUCCUUAUUUUCGGUAGCUGGUUUGGGCAUGAUAUAUAUACAAGUCAUUUGGACAAUUAUUAUGCGAUGCUGAUUUUUGGAAGUUUUGUUAACUUACUAAUAUACUGGUUGGUUGCGUACUGGUCUGGAGAUGAUCAAUUUUCACCUGAAAUAGACAGUGAACCAUAG